AAUCAAUGUCGAACUGUCACAAGAAGGGUGUCAGUUCGAUAUUAAAUACUUUAAGUACCAUUUUUUGGUUUCUACCUAUAAGAUAUAAAACAAAUGUGAUAGUUUAGCAACAAUAAUCUAAAUUUUAAGCGUCGAUUCCGGUGUAAGUAAUAAAAAUGCAUCUUAACGCGGAUAUUUCGAGCGCCCUGCAGCUGUUAGAAGACAUCAAACAAACGGUUGAUGAACUGGACGAUCCCAAAAUCCAAACAAACACCAGCCAGGAUAUAAAUUUAUUAAUUUCUGUGUUAGAAAAUCCCAUCUUUAGAAGUAUAGUAACCGUACAAGAUUCAUUGAGUGAGUUAAAUCAACAGUUAGGUCAACAUCCAUCAAUUCUCCCCGUUGAUUUUGAUAUCACCCCGUCUGGCGAGUUAGUUUUAAACGUCCCACCGGGCGGCGAAUUAUACGACCAUGGGUAUGGGGAAGCUUAUCCCCAUUCAAGAGAUUUCGAUGAGCAACGCGUCCCUUCAGCUCCAGCCUCUCCAAAUUCGCCGCAAAUCCACGGUUUUAACGAUGAUAAAAUGGUUAUGAUUGAUGGAAAACCUUUGGAUUCUAAUAUUUCCCAUCAAGAGGCCUUACGCAUAUUGCAUAAAUCCCCAGCUAUGGUUCUAAUGCCCCGUCCAGACGACGAUGUUAUUCACAGAUCCCCAUCGGCGGUUAGUGACACAUCCAAAGCCGGAUCAGACAGCUUAUUGGGCACUGAAUGGGCUCAAGUUGAAGCGAUUGACCUACUUAACGAUGGAACUGGGUUGGGAUUCGGUAUUGUUGGAGUUCGCACAAUGGGAGUCGUCGUUAAAACGAUAUUACAAGGAGGAGUUGCUGAUAGAGAUGGGAGAUUACAAAGUGGUGAUCAUAUAUUACAGAUUGGAGAUGUAAACGUACACGAGAUGGGUUCAGAACAAGCAGCCAACGUAUUACGUAAAACCGGAAGUGAUGUUAGGCUUGUAGUUGCAAGACCCGCAGAUACGACAUCGCCUGAGUAUAAAUAUUUAAGUUCGACAGCGCCGUUAGUUCCAACUCGUUUGUUAACGCAACCGAAAGAAUUAGAUCGUUAUUUAAUACAACAUAAAUAUUCGCCUAUAUUCCAAAAGCAAUCAGAUAAAUUCAACGAGUUUUUGUACGAACAACAACCCAAAAAUUACAUGGCAAGUUUACCCCGAAUCCCAGCAUCCCCAUCUUUACCAUCAUUAAAUUUAGAUAUGGCCAUGAAAAUGCCCGAAAUGGAAAAAUUCAACGUCGAGUUAAAAAAAGAUGCUAACGGGUUAGGUAUAACAAUAGCCGGUUACGUAUGUGAGAAGGAAGAAAUAUCGGGAAUUUUCGUUAAAAGUAUCUGUAAGGGAAGCGCGGCGGAUUUAAACGGAAAAAUACAAGUUAACGAUCGAAUUGUUGAAGUGGAUGGCAUGUCUUUGCAAGGAUACACUAACGUUCAAGCGGUAGAGGUACUUAGAAGUAGCGGAAAUGUAGUUAAUCUUUGUUUGGAACGAUACCUUUACGGCCCAAAGUACGAACAGUUGCAGAAAGCAAUUGCUGCCAACGAAAUGAAACCGUCUACACCCACUAGCCCUCCUCAAACAACACGAUACCAAAAAUCAACGGAUGACGAAGAAUUUGAGCCGGUUGAAGCUCAAAACGAACAUUUGCGGUUUUGCGAUGCCGAGUUCACGCCGGCGAUUGAAGAAACGAUUAAAACGAAAUGGCAACAACUAAUGGGCCCCGAUACGGAGAUUGUCGUUGCUAAUUUAACGAAAUUUGGUGAAAGAGGGGGUUUAGGAAUUAGUCUUGAAGGCACCGUUGACGUUGAGGACGGCCAAGAAGUCCGUCCGCAUCAUUACAUCCGCUCGAUUUUACCGGAGGGACCCGUUGGCAAAAAUGGUAAAUUAAAAUCGGGCGAUGAAUUGCUUGAAGUGAACGGACAUCGAUUAUUAGGGAUGAAUCAUCACGAAGUUGUUAGCAUUUUAAAAGAACUGCCCAUCAUUGUACGAAUGGUGUGUGCUAGAUCCACAAAUAAUGCAUCUAGUUAUAGAGUUAGUCAAGGAUCGCCAUUUUCAGAGAGGGGGGCAUUGGGUGGUAGUUUACAAAAUCUUCAACCAGCUUCUGAUAGAUUGGUUAAAGCUAAAUCGGAUGGUUCAAUAGCUACAAGUAUAACAUCGGCGGGAAAUGGUGAUACAUCCUUCAAUAAAAUUAAAUCAAGAUCGUUAGAACCCUUAACAGGCUUAGCAAUGUGGAGUUCUGAACCGCAAAUAAUCGAAUUGGUUAAAGGCGAACGAGGGUUGGGUUUUUCAAUAUUGGAUUAUCAAGAUCCUAUCGAUUUGAAUGACACUGUUAUAGUAAUUAGAAGUUUGGUACCUGGUGGUGUUGCUCAAUUAGAUGGGCAAUUAAUUCCUGGUGAUAGAUUACUUUUUGUAAAUGAUACAAAUUUAGAAGACGCUACAUUGGAUCAAGCUGUUCAAGCGUUGAAGGGGGCGCCGAAAGGUAUUGUUCGUAUUGGUGUAGCUAAACCACUGCCAAUUCCAGAUACCGUCGUGCAUAAUGCACAACAGGUAGACUCUGAACCAAGAUCUCUCGCACCUAGCAUUUUUAAAGAUUGAUAUAAAAAAUGAACCUCUCUUAUCUAAAUGAUUAAUUUUAAUUUUUUUCUUUUAAAUUUUUAUUAAGUAUAUCACACCAUCCCCUCCGAAUUUUCGUCCUUUUUAUGGUCGUUCACCUUGAACAUGGUGAUAAUUUUUAUAUAUUAUUUUCUUUUUUAUUAAUAUUUUUAAUGUGCGGUUGUUUGAAAUAUUUAUAUGCAUAUCAUAACCUAACACACAUUUUAACUGUUUGUUAAACAUUUCUAAUUCUCAAUAUACCGUUUCUCUUGUUACAUCAAAUAAAUAUUACAACUUAGAUUUUACUAUUAUUUAAGAAAAAUUCUAUUGUACCGAACUGAUAAUAAAAUU